AUGUUCGUCAUUGUGCUUGAAACUCUGCACCAACCAAUUAGAAAUCUCCGCACCCAUCACUUCGGCGGCGCCGUCCCAAACGGUUUUGCCAAAGUCCCGUUGGCCCCAGAGCUGGGCGCCAGCGCCUAUCGCAAUGGCCUCAGGCAACCAAAGAUCCAUGGCGCCAGCAGCGCGAGGAAACCAAGCAAGAGCAACCCCGCCGCUUCAGACAAGCAACAGUGA